AUGACUCUUUUCUUUCUCAAUGAAUGUUUCUUUCUCUCGCUCAAUUUCUUCCAGAUCUUCUCCCUUUCUCAGUCGAAACACACAAACAAAAUCAAUUUAAACUCAAACAAACACAAAAUCAUAUCAAGUAAGAAGAAGUUUUUACUGUGUUUUGAGGUUCCUUUUAACGGUAUUCAAUGCAGCAGCCAGGAUAGAGCAGUCGGUACGUGUUUUUGCAGCGGAUUAGUGUCGGUUUCGCACCUGAUUUGGAGGUGGUUGUUGUCGGCGCUGUGCUUCCGGCGAGCUGAUGUGGCAGUAGUCGGAUUCCGUUCCAGUCCCGUCACUGGAUUUGUUGGGAAAAGGAAACGACGCCGGUGA